AUGCCACCAUUAAAAGUGUUGUGUCUACAUGGAUAUAGGCAAAACUCGGAUAUUUUUCGCGAAAAAACAGGAGGAUUAAGAAAAUCAUUAAAAAAGUUUUGUGAAUUUAAAUUUAUGUCUGCCCCAAAUGUUAUGGAAUGCUCCUCGAACGGUUGUGCUUGGUGGUUUUCUAAACCUAUGGAAUUCUCAGCACAAGAAAGUAGUGCAUAUGACGCCGGCUUUCGCGAAUCUCUAUCAGCUGUCAAAAAAUACAUUAAGGAAGAGGGUCCAUUUGAUGGGAUGAUUGGUUUCAGCCAAGGUGCAGCAUUUCUACUUCUGCUACAAAUUAUAAUGGAGCAUAAGUUAAAUAAUUUCGCAGAUUACGAUAUGGAACCGAUCAAAUUCACAAUAUUGGUUGCACCUUUCAUCAGUCGUUGUUCGCUUCACCAAGAUAUUUAUGUUCAUAAAACAUCGAUACCAAGCUUAGUCAUCUGUGGCGAAACAGAUUCUGUUAUCCCCCGAGAAAUGUCUGAGGAAGCACUGGAUGUAUUCUUAUCUGAACCAAAAGUAUUUGUACAUGACGGUGGUCAUUACAUUCCUACACACGCUGAUGCAAAGAAAAUAUAUACUGAUAUUGUUUCGAAAUUUAUCAAAAAAUAG